AUGGUUGUUGGUGAGUCAAGAGCAGAAUUACUUAACUGGUUAAAUAGUACUUUGGAUUUGAAUUACACGAAGAUUGAACAAUGUGGAUCUGGUGCUGCAUUUUGUCAAUUAAUGGAUACCAUAGUCGGAGAUGUUCCUUUAAACAAAGUUAAAUAUAAUGCAAAGACUGAAUAUGAAUAUCGUCAUAACUAUAAGAUCCUACAACAUGUUUUUGUUAAAAAUAAUAUAACCAAGACUAUUGAUGUUGAGAAAUUGAUACGUUGCAAACUUCAGGAUAAUUUGGAACUUUUACAAUGGAUCAAAAGAUAUGCUACCACAAAUAAUGUUCCUAUGAAAACAACGGUUAUAAAACUGUCACCAGCAAGACCUGGUGCUAUUGCUACAUCAUCUGUUGUUGCCCCAAAAGUCAGAGAUGGCAGAAGAACAAGUACUCCUGUCGGAUCUAGAAAAUCGUCAGGUGCUAAUGGUGUUGUAAAUGGAAGAAUUUCAACAACACCAAAAGCUCGCUCAAAUAUUAAUCAAGGUUCGGGUAUAAGUCCUGCUUCUAAUACUAAUAACAACAACAGUAAUAAUAAUAAUAAUAAUAAUAAUAAUACUAAUAUUAACAACCAUAGUAAUAAUGGCUAUAAUAGUAAUAACCAUAAUAUGUCUACCAGUAAUGGGCAUCGUUCCCCAAAUGGAUUUAGAAAUGGUAAUGCAAAUGGAAGUACUAAUGGAUCCAAUAAUCAUGCACCUGUUAUGAAUGAAGCGAUGUCAAAUACUGCACCAGUUACAGGUGGAGUUACCACAUCGGUUUUAGCUGAAGAAUAUGCUAUUGAUGCUCAACAGAUGGAAUCGGAAAGAAAUUUUUAUUUCAAUAAAUUAAGAGCCAUUGAAAUUUUGAUUCAACAUGCAAAGGAAAUGGAAGGAUUGAGUCCCGAUUUGAUACAGUUUGCUGCUGAAGUUGAAAAAAUCAUGUAUGAAGAGUAUGUAGAAGAGGAAGAAGAGUUUUAG